UGAACGCCGCCAGCCAGAAAGCGCGGCGCACGAUGACUUGAAGUCGUUAGUUCAAAAUGGGCGCUGCGUUGAGCAAAAUAAAGAAGUUGACGCAGCGAAAAAAGAAAUCAAUAAGAGCUUUAGUCAAAUUGCUGAGAGAAAUCGAGGAACACAUAAAGCGCCAGGAGGAAAGACUUCAAAACCUCGAGCGCACGAAAGCUCAAGUAACCAGACCGCUGUACAACCCUUCGCCACGUUCAGCCGGCGUAGAGAUGAGCUGUGGUAGAUGGAAACCAAAGCAAGGCGGGAUAUAUGAUAUGGACAGGCUGAGACUGGAGAGGAGAAUAGGAAAUCUAAAAAAGCAGCAAAGAACAGUGCGCAGACGAAUCAAGAACUCCCUAGCUAAGCUGGAUGACAUUCGCCGGCAGAAACGCGCCAUUUUGAGACGUAAAGCACGUGCCUUGCUGGAUAACAAACGUGGUGAUCGGGGGCCAUUCGUGAGAUGAAAUGGAAAUAAAUACAUUUUUACAACCCGAAUUACUAUACUAUAAGGUGUGUAUAAAAAUGAAAAAAAAAAAAGAAACUCUGUAAACAGAUGUUGAGAUGAAAUAUAAAAAAUGCCUUAACACCUUGAUGUUAAGGUUGAUUUUUUUUUUAAACUAAAAAAAACAUAAAGUAUACCG